AAAGCGAAAGUCAGGGGCAGAAGUGAGAGAGCAGCUGGACGUGUUGCAGUGAAGAUGAACCUUCCCGGCCGCGGUGAAGCCUACCUGGCGAACAUGUUUUAAGUCUCCCCAGAGCUGUCAGAUGGAUCUGCGUUCCCCAUUAAUCUCUGUCUGCGCUAUCAUGAUCAGUCUGCUCGGAGCUGCGCUUCUUUCCAAUGGCGACCAAAACAAUUGUCAGUGUCCAGAAAUCCCUCUCAUAGAUCUGACAGAGCCACCAGGGACCUGCUUCCCAGUAAACAGCCAUUUUCGCUACAAAUGUAUAGAAGGAUACACGAGGGAGGCGGGAACAUCAAAUCUCAUCAGAUGCAAGCAAAGUGACAGUGGUCCUCUACAGUGGCUCCCGUCCCCACCCACCCUCAAGUGUAUACCUGAUCCAAAGAGGACCACAACACAACGACCAACCAUCAUAAUAACAGAGGGUUAUACUGAUAUUCCCCUUGACUCCACCAGUACCACCACAGUCACAGGGUCCACCAGCCAACGGACGAUCCAGAGUGUAAGCCCCUCAGCUUCAGUGACUGCAGAGACAAACAGCACAGAACCAACCUCACCUGGUCUGUGGACCCCGUCAGAUCACUCACUAAUAGGGAAGGUAGAUGGUAGGACAGAGACCCAAACCACGCAGCAGACAUCAUCAACCUCAACCACCACUGAGCCUUCGAACAGUGAAAGCAAUCUUCAGAUAGCCCGCAAUCUUGGCAGCACAACAACAGCGCUGAUCGGCUGUGCGUCAUUGGUAAUCGUCUGUGCUUUGAUCGGAAUCAGCUUCUUUUGUUACAGGAGGAGGUUAAAAAACGACAUCCCACCGCAGACAGCAGAAGAACGGAUACCCAUGAAUUGCGCUCCACCAGAGCAGGUGUCGUAGAGUUUGUUGACCUGCUGCUGACACACAGAGCAGCGACAGAGCCAUACCAGAGCUCGUGAGAUCAUCCCCAAGCACUGAAGAAAGGGACAAUCUGUUUGAUGUUGUAUGGGCAUUACCAGAAAGAAUAAUAGCUGGCUUGAUAUAGCAUUUGUUGUUUGCAUAUUCCCACAAGGAUGAACUCAUAACCCUUUACUAAGCUAAUCUCAACCAAGUGCGUGAAAUGCACAUAAGGAACUUUGAUUUUGAAGGGCCGUCGGUAGCGUAGUGGAAGGGGCAGCACCCCAUGUACAGAGACGAUGCCUCACUGCAGCGGUCGCAGGUUCAACUCCAGCUUGCGACCAUUUCACUCUGUCCUGUACAUUAAAGGCAAAUUUUCAUUUUGAAGACCCUGUGAUCGUCUGGUGCUACAACAGAUAGUGCUUUUUUUCUACCCUUGUAGGAUGUGUUUUUUUAUGUUUUUAUUGUCAUAAAAUCCUAUGAAAAUACCAAAAACCAACAAUGAAAUAAUCCUUCCAUUAAGUGCAGUCUGUUUAGCCAAAGCCUCAUAGUCUCAUGUAUCCUUUGUGCCAUGGAGCUCCAUUGUUCUCUGGACACAAUUAAAAACACAUAAAUGCACCAAACCUUUAUCCUGAGUUACAUGUUCCUUCAUCACAAUGCGCACUCCUGUCGCUGUAAACAGUUGAGGACCCAAAACAUGCAUCUGAAAACACAAUUUACUUAAGUAAAGUAUCCACCUUAUUCCUAGCCCCCAUGGUUCCUUGUGCGAAACAUGUGCACAACUUCUGGCUUUGAACUGAAACCGGCGAUUUCCAACAGUUUGUAUACAGUAGUCUAUUCUUCUUUCCAAGAGAAAUUGGGAAAGAAAAUGUGGAACACACCACCUGUUAUAGUUCAAACAGGAUUAUGUGAUCAUACCUCUGCAAACUCUCUGACAGCCAUCUCAAAAUAUUGUUGUCUUUUUUCCUUUUCAACCGAGCAUGCUAGCAAUUAGCUUGCUGUAGCUCCAUGUUAAGUGAAUAAAUGUGAUGUUUCCCUGCUAA